AUGGUGGAGACACUGGAAGCAGCUGACCUCUGUAUCCCUACCCUCAACACCUCCUGCUUGUCAUUGUCUGUUACUCCCAGUGAAAUGCUCAACAAUAUACUGCUGUACUUUAUCACUCUGCUCACUGUGAUACUCAACUUGUUGGUUGUCAUCUCCAUCUCCCACUUCAGGCAGCUCCACACUCCCACCAAUCUCAUCCUCCUCUCCCUGGCUGUGUCUGACUUGCUCGUGGGGCUUGUAGUGAUGCCAACUGGAAUCAUCCUCCUGCAGUCCUGCUGGUUUCUGGGUAAAAUUGCAUGUGCUCUUUUGCACCUGGUGAUCUUCACCCUCACCUCUGCCUCUGUUGGGAACAUGGUGCUCAUAUCAGUGGACCGCUAUGUGGCUAUUUGUCACCCUCUGCACUAUUCUUCCAUGAUAACACAAAGCAGAGUUAAAAUCAGUGUGUCUCUGUGUUGGUUCUGUUCUGUUAACUACAACGUUAUAAUACUGAAAGACCAAUUAUCACAUAUGUAUAUUUUUAAUUCCUGCUAUCAAGAAUGUGUAAUUAUCAUAAACUCCAUUUCAGGGACAGUAGACUUUCUUCUCACCUUUUUCGGCCCUGUUACUGUGAUCAUAGUUCUCUAUUCGAGAGUGUUUGUGGUGGCUGUGUCACAGGCACGUGUCAUGCGGUCUCAAAUUUCAACUGUCAAAUCAAACAUUGUUACUGUAAAGAAAUCUGAGAUGAGGGCUGCCAGAACUCUUGGUAUUACACUUCUUGUGUUUAUACUUUGUCUCUGUCCAUACUACUUUCCUUCUAUUGCAGGACAAGAGACAACAGGGGGUGUAGAUUCAUCAGCUCAAAGGUGGCUGUUCUAUUGUAACUCCAGUUUAAAUCCUCUGAUCUAUGCCCUUUUCUACCCCUGGUUUAGAAAAGCAGUCAAACUCAUUGUCAGUCUUCAGUUACUACAGCCAGGUUCCAGUGAGGCCAAGAUAAUGUAG